AUGAACAUCUUGCAAACCUUUGCAAAGGUCCAUGAGGAUCGCCUCAUCCUUGUGUACACAGCAGCUCUGCCUUGGUGUUUGCAUUCAAUGGAUCAGUUUGCGGAGGACAUUGGCAUUUUUUCAGACCAAGAGGGGAAGCAAAGCAUCUAA